UGCACUACAGAGAGGCUGGAUUCAUCAUGGGGAUUAUGCAGCACGUCAUGUUCUGCUUUUCAGAACAGCUACAAAAUAUAUAUAUAUAUGCAAAUCAUAAUAAAAUGAACGUACAGGUAAGAAUGUAGGCCUGCUGCUUUGCAGUGCAGUUAGUUGCGCUGUCCAGUGUGGAAUCAAGCAACUAAUGGGACUUUGUCAAAUUAGAUCUGUGCUCUUACCAGACAGAGGUGACCACUGACGUAGGAUUUAAAUUGCAUAAUGAGCUUGGAGGGUUCACCACUAAGGGGAGAUGAUAAUCCCACAGUUUAAACACUAAUGUGACCUGAAAAGAAAACCAGGCUGCAAAAAUGUCUUGCAACAGUCUCCGAUUUUUGUUGCUGGCAUCUCAGCGCACGAUAGAUGUCACUGCAAUGCAGAGACUGUCGCACCAAAGAGUGCUGCAUCCAUCUAAAUGUAUCCUGGCAAAUGAAGUGACCCGGAUUAAUCUUAACCCACUCUAAAGGGAUGGCAUUGAUUGGGUGGCCUUUAUUUCAAGCUGGAGCAAAAAGCCACUCUGAUUCCCUUUAUUAACAAUACCAAAGGUAAAUGUGGAGCAGAGAUCACUGAAAGAAAGGUAAGCCACUGUAUUCCACUAUUAAGGCCUUGAAAAUAUUAGGAACUUUGGUUGACACUUAUCUAAACAUAGCAUAAACUUGUUUGUUUGAAAGGGUGACGGUCUGUUUUAGGCUAAUGUUACCUAUAUUUUAAAUAAAUAAAAGUCUGCUACUUACAAUGAAACUUUUGUGCUCUUGUUGCUUUGCUCGGCUGGCAAGCUUUAUGAAGAUGCUGAAAUAAUUCAAAAUAAAUAAUUAGCACCUGCCUGCACAACCUGGCUUUCUUAAAAGCUCACAGAAUAUAUUGAGUUGCACCUGAAAAUACAACAGAACUUUUUCUGAGUGCCCUGUGUUUCAUCUUAUUUACUGCACUGCGUUUCAAGAAAAAAAAAACACAAACGGAUGUAGUUCCCACGGUCUUCCACAAGGUGUCAGCAAAACACUGCCCCUCUUAGUUCUGCUUUUCGAUCUGUUUGUCACGAUUCGUUUUGCAGAAAUAAACACUCGUCUUGCAGCGCGUCGUGUACUGUAACAAUGCUCACGUUCUUUCAGUGAUGAUAACGCUAAAACUAAGCACCGCUUUUCCACAUAUUAUUUGCGAAAGUAUCAGUUGGCGGGACAAGGUUUAUUUUAAACCUGUAUUUGCUAUAACAAUUGAUUAAAAACAUGUCCUACAACCCUGCAGCAGUGCAUCCUGAAUAUCUUUUUGACGAACGUUAGAUCUAAAUUGAUCUUGUUAAAUAUUUUAUGAAGUUUGAUUAGGAAAUAACGUUGCAGCUGCUCGUGUUUUGGGUUGAGGGGUUGGGGAAGUGUGUCUUAAUCAAAACAACAGAUCUACAAACGCUCUGCGCCAGCUGCGCUCUGCUGAAGCAGCGACAAUCUUGCUUAUAGACCUGCGGCUCGACCUCACGCCCUCCAAAAGAUUUUACAACGCGCUUCGACCCCUCUCUCCGCUCGCUUGUCCUCUACAUGGACUCCGGGUUUGUUGCUCCCCCAAGCAGCGUGGCCUCCACAUGGACCGUGUCGUCUCCUAACUGCGGGCUCGGGCUCUUCCCGUCGGGGUUUUUUCGUAUGGCCGGAGCCUGCUGCAAAUGUCCGGCCUCUCUGUCCGUGUUGAAGCGCUCCCUCUCGGUGGCGCCGCGAGGCUGCGGCUCCUCUCCCCCUCGGUCCGUCCUGCAGGGCUGGAGGAGGCGCGGGGAGAGGGGCCUGCAGGAGGCCACCAGACCCAGCAGCGCCCUCAGAACCGCGGGUUUCUACCGACAGACAGCAUUUCUUUGUCUCUCCUGCCAGGAGUCUAUGAGCGACAGCCUGCGGACCUGCUACGUAUACCUGAAUCAGACCAGCAGGAGCUUUGCGGCCGUGAUUCAGGCACUGGACGGAGAGCUGAGACAUGCGGUUUGCAUCUUCUACCUGGUGCUUCGUGCACUGGACACAGUUGAGGAUGACAUGACCAUCCCUUUGGAGAAGAAGGUGCCCAUGCUUAACAAUUUCCACACGUACCUGUACCAGGAGGAGUGGUGCUUCACUGAGAGCCAGGAGAAGGACCGUCAAGUUCUGGAGGAUUUCCCUACGAUAUCACUGGAAUUUAGAAACCUUGCUCAGGAAUACAGAGACGUCAUAUCUGAUAUCUGCCACCGGAUGGGAGUCGGGAUGGCUGAAUUUCUGGAGAAGAAGGUGGGAUCCAUGAAAGAGUGGGACCUGUACUGCCACUACGUUGCCGGUCUCGUCGGCAUCGGUCUGUCGCGGCUCUUCUCUGCCUCCCAGCUGGAGGAUCCAGAAGUGGGACGGGACACGGAUCUGGCAAACUCAAUGGGCCUGUUCCUGCAGAAAACAAACAUCAUCCGAGACUAUCUGGAAGACACUCAGGAGGGACGGGCCUUCUGGCCACAAGAGGCGUGGAGCCAGUUUGCGAGUCGUCUGGAGGAUCUAGCCCAGCCCGAGAAGCUGGAGUCGGCUCUGUCCUGCCUCAACCUGCUGGUCACUGACGCUCUGCGUCACGUCCCCGACGUCAUCGCCUACCUGUCUCGGCUGCGCAACCAAAGCGUCUUCAAUUUCUGCGCCAUUCCACAAGUGAUGGCAAUAGCUACCCUCUCUACGUGCUACAACAACCCGAUGGUGUUUCAGGGUGUGGUGAAGAUCAGAAAGGGACAGGCUGUCACCCUCAUGAUGGAAGCCACCAACAUGAGAGCAGUGCAGACCAUCAUCGCCCAGUACAGCCAAGAGAUUUUACAGAAGGUCUCCCUCACCGAUCCGACGCGGGACAAGACGCUGCACAUCCUGGCUGUGAUCCAGGAGAAGUUGGCCCUUCCUCAACCCGACCUCGGCUCCAGGAACCACCACUUGUCUCCUAUGUACCUGUCGGCUGCCAUGCUGCUGGCCGCGCUGAGCUGGCAGUAUCUCAGUACGACAGCUGCCCAGGCACAGGACACGGGGGACAUGCAGUGACUCUUUUCCCGAUUAGAAAACCCCGGUCUUUUCCUGGAUAUCUAGUCCUUCUGUUCCUUGGGGAACAUAAGGAACGUCUUCCCACAUUGGAGUCUCACACCGGCUGUUAAAGAACCACAGACUUGUUGAACUUUGGGAUUCUUUUUGCAGCCUGAUCUAAAAAAAAUUCUGCGGUAUUGACAGGUUCUCAUCCGUUUUGUGUUUACUGCAAAAGGACAAUGUUAGGGUUUUAGACAACAGCUAUCAACCUUUGUGAAGUUCCACUGAUUUUUGUUUUCUGAAAUUUUAGCUUUUUGUGUCCUUGUUGAAUCCUCACUGUGAGAAAGACUUGAAAGUACAUCAGCACUUACACUGUUGGAUCACAUGGACAUAUUCCAAUAACCGAUUUAGAACAUUUCCUGUUUCGUUCAGUUUUGACUUUAUUCAACAAUAUGUGGGAAAGAUCUUUCUGCUAAUUUUAUCAGUCAUGAACUAAAAAAAAAUGGAAUAAAGUGAAAUAUAUUUUAAACAAAAGGAAUUUGUUGGCAAAGUGUCCUUAACAGCUUUGGUGAGUAGAAAGGCUAGCGCAGAGUGACCUUGUACAGAACCAAAGGAGGGCUACAAACAUUGCUAUGUAAUGUGUCAUUUUCAUUUGUAUAUAUUUGAAGAAAUAAAGAUGCUGAAGGGUGCAAUAUGUGUGAAAUCAGA